AUGUUGAAAUCGGUUGCAACCCCUUAUUAUCCUAUUCAGGAUAAUGAAAAACCAAAGCUUUUAUAUACAUCUGCUAAUUUCUUGGGUAUACCCACUAACAGGGGACAACCAAAAAUUGGUACAUAUCAAGGACCAGAACUUAUCCGAAAAUCUAAUUUUUUCCAGCUUGUAGCUGAAGAUGGAAUACAGUUAAUUGACUGUGGAGAUGUUACACCUGUAGAACUAAGUGAAACAGAGGAUCCACAACGUUUUGGAAUGAAAUGGUCACGGAGUUUCUCAAUGACCACUUUAAAAAUAGCCGAACGUGUGGAGGGAUUAAUGAAACAGUCAACUAAACAUAAUACUGAAUCAAAUGAAUCAAAAUCAACUCCUUUAGUAAUUGUUGGUGGUGAUCAUAGUAUGGCGACUGGAACCAUACUUGGACAUGCUAAAGCUAAACCAGAUCUGUGUGUGUUAUGGAUUGAUGCUCAUGGUGACAUAAAUACACCACUGAAUUCAGCUUCUGGAAAUAUACAUGGAAUGCCUUUAAGUUUUCUAGUAAAAGAAUUACAAGACCAAAUACCGUGGUUGGACGACUUUGAAGGCAUAAAACCUUGUCUCAAUGCCAGUAAUAUUGCCUAUAUUGGUUUGCGGGAUUUAGAUGCUUAUGAAACACAUGAUAUUAGAAAACAUGGCAUUGCUUAUUUUACAAUGCUGGAUGUUGACCGAAUGGGAAUAGAAGCUGUUAUUAAAGAAGCAUUGCAAGCAGUAAAUCCAAGAUUGGAGAAAGCUAUUCACUUGAGUUUUGAUAUAGAUGCACUGGAUCCUUUAGUAGCCCCGAGUACUGGCACUGCUGUUCCAGGUGGUUUAACAUUACGUGAAGGUUUAAGAAUAUGUGAAGAAGUUUCAGCGACAGGAAAACUUUCUAUAGUUGAAUUGGCUGAAUUAAAUCCUUUAUUAGGAUCUAAUGAAGAUGUUGUAAAAACUCAAUCAUCCGCUGUUCAGAUUUUGAGAGCAUGUUUAGGCCAUUGUCGUUCAGGUCAUUUACCAUUCAAUGUUCGUAAUUUAAAUGAUCAAGGUAUUGUUAGUCGGAUGGCACGUAUGCAGACAAAACAAUAA